ACCCGCUGGUGGUCGCGUUUAGGUUAGGAUAGAUAUUUUUCGUAAUUAAAAAUAUACGCAUCGACGCGCGGUGAUGUUAUUCGAUUGUCGCGAGGUAUUCGGGAAUUAUGCGUUGACCGGCGAUCGUACGUAACGCGAAACACGAACGAGCUCGCCUGUCACAGCCCCGUGACAAAAGGUGCUCCACUAUGGAGUGACGAUUGUUGACGGACAGCGCUUAUUUGCGAGCGACCACCUUGUCGGAACGUCUCUCGAGCAAGGUUAAAUUACUCGUGUUACUCGUUUAUUUCGACUGCGCGCGCGGAUCGGUCGUGAAAAUGACUUCGAACGAGGCAGGCGUGCCGCACGCCGCCCGCGAGGAUGUCAAUUGGCGGAAGGAUUUGAUCUCGCAGUUGCGCGAGAGGAACAAGUCGCAGACCAACUGUUUCGCAGAUCUCAUCAGUCUGCACAACAGAUUAUUUGAGAACGCGAAUACGUUGCGCAAUGCGAACAUGCAGCUGACCAUUGCGAACGAGACCCUGCGCCGCGAGGCAGCCAACGGUGCUAUCGGCAUGGGUGGCAACCCUGAUCUUGAAGGCAGACUGUUGAAGCAGGCGGAGGAACUGGCGAUGCUGCACAAGAGGAAAGGAGAGCACACGCAGCAGAUAGUAGACCUCAAUAAUAAACUGCAGGCGAUGACUAAGGAGUUUCAGGCGAAGGAAAUCAGCCUAGCUGAAAGUCUGGAAGCCAACGCCAACUUGCGCUUAGAAAUAAACAAGUGCAACGGCAAGGAAAAAGAAUUGGAAAGUAUCAACCAGAUGCUUAAGGACGAGCACCAAGCUCUGCAACUCGCCUUCGCAUCUCUCGAGGAGAAACUUAGGAAAACGCAGGAAGAGAAUCGGCAGCUGAUUGAGCGCUUGAUCAAGUACAAAGCCAGAGACGCCGAAAAGAUGAACGAGGAGAAUGAUAAUUUUUUAAGGAAACGGCAAGCACGGAUGCAAAAAGAGUUGGAGGAUGCGGCGCGCGACACGCGACCCGUCAGUCCCGACCGUUCGAGCUUGACGGAAGGGAUCGCUGGUCUUCCGACAGCUGUGCCAACGAACGUAUCCGUAACAUUUAGUGCUCAUGAGGGGGAAGUUUAUGCAGUUAAAUGGUCGCCUACCGAUAGAAUUGUGGCUACUGGUGGUGCUGACAGGAAAGUAAAGCUCUGGAACAUCACUAAAGGUACAUCGGAGAGCAAGGGCAUCCUCGUCGGCAGCAACGCUGGCGUGAUGUCGGUGGAUUUCGAUUCGACCGGCACCCUUAUCCUCGGCGCGUCCAACGAUUACGCGAGCCGCGUCUGGACCGUCAACGAUCUGCGCCUGAAGCACACACUCACGGGCCACUGCGCAAAGGUGAUGGCGGCCAAGUUCCUUGGCGAGCCGUCAAAAGUAGUUACCGGGAGUUAUGAUCGCACCUUAAAAAUCUGGGACCUGCGCAGCAAAGCAUGUAUAGAGACGAAAUUCGCUGGGUCGAGCUGCAAUGACCUCGUUACUUCCGACGGAGCUGGCUCAACCAUAAUCAGUGGUCAUUUUGAUCAAAGGAUCAGGUUUUGGGACACCAGAGCGGAAUCCAGUUCGAAUGACAUUCUACUGGAAGGGAAAGUUACAUCUUUAGAUUUAUCCCGUGACGCGAAUUACCUCCUGAGUUGCGUGAGGGACGACACGGUGAAACUGAUCGAUUUGCGGAUGAAGAAGAUCGUCGGCUCGUUCAGCGCUGAUGGGUUUAAAGUGGGAUUCGACUGGACAAGAGCUGCUUUCAGCCCUGAUGGACAGUACAUAGCGGCUGGCUCUGCGGAUGGUUCCGUUUUCAUCUGGUCUAUCGUGACGAACAUGAUCGAAACGAUAUUGAAGGGACACACGGCAGCAGUGACGGCCGUGUCUUGGCAUCCCCACGGCACGUAUCUGGCGUCCGUCGAUCGCGCCAAGACGGUGACGGUCUGGGGCGAUCACGUUUGACAGGAGGAGUGAUCCCGGGACAGACGAUUGCUGUUCCACGCGUGAACAUCCCGUGCCGUUUUCUCAUGGUGGCCCACUCUGGCCGGGCCCGCAGAACCGAAGAAACGAAGAAGCGAACGUACACACACACACCACACACACACACACACACACACACACACACACACACAGAGAGAGAGAGAGAGAGAGAGAGAGAGAGAGAGAGAGAGAGAGAGAGAGAGAGAGAGAGAGAGAGAGAGAGAGAGCAUACACAUAUGUACACGCACAUGUGCGCGCGAUUCACAUCAGCAAGAAUCCAGCGGGAAAUCACGGCGAGCGCCCAGGCAAGAGGGUAAUCAAAAUCAUUGGUCGGUUUGGCCAUGCACACGCGCGCACGGGUUGUAAAGCCUUGUAAGGAGACGCCGUAAGAACCGAAGCUGUAAAGCGCGAACACUGAUCCAAACAGGAGCGGUAAGGGACUACUGUACAUAAAACUGCGCUUAUUGUUACUCCCAGGUUGUAAAGACUCCCUUUUUAGAGUAGCACCCUGCGCGCCGCGUCUCGCUACCCGCAGAAGACCGAGAUUACCGUAGGUUUAUCGGUUUUUUCGAGAUUACGCUAGAUAAUACGCUUCCUUCGCUAACUGAAUAAGAGGCACACUCGCGUGUCAGUCAUUUGUACUCGGAAUUCGCAGAUCCGAUCGGGUUGGGGGGCUCGAUCGGAGGUUUAUACGUGACACCCACGGUACUAAGGCGAAAUGAGAGUUCGCGUCGAAUUUGUAACGCGUUACCUCGUCGCAUAUGUACCAGCAUUACAUUUUUUUCUCCUUUCGUUUCACCAGAAUGUCAAUUAUUGGGAUACUUUACGGAGGAGCCGAAUGUCAACGAGUGUCCGCGCACGAUAAAUGAUAUUUUUCAGGAUGUAAUGAAAAUUGGAUGCAUACCACAAACAAGUAGACGCUGUAAUGUAAACGCGCUGGAUUCGGACGCGACUGUUCCCGCGGAAUUAACCAUUGCCGAAAUCUUUCGCGAGACGUUUAGUACCUGCGAGAAGGAUCAGCUUCGAUCGAUGUCGUACAAUCUUACGAUUACUCAUCGACAUUACAUGUCGAGAAUUGUCUUCGACGUCUGAUGAUUUUGAUAAUCUUUUUCCAUGCAAGAUUAAUUCCGCCGAGGUGAAUCUUCGCUCCGAUUUCUGCUAGCGUUAUCGUGCACGCUCUGUAAUUCAACAGAUACUCCGACGCUGAUGAGCGAGAUACGUCUCAUACGUCUUUAUACAAGUCUGAUAUAGUGGAAAUCAGAAUACACGAAUUAGGCAGGCAGGGAAGCAGGUAAGCGAGCACAAUAACGGUAUUGAUAUUAAUUGCGUUACGCAUGAUUUCCGUGAUAAGCGUAGGAUAUCGCGCGUCAAUCCGACUGUAAUGCUCAUUACUUUUGCUAACAAACGAUUGGUUAAUUAAAAUUAUCCACAAAUAGGUUUCGUUGUUAUUAAGAACUAUUAAACGUUAAGCCCGUCGAGAAAACUGAUCGAAGAGACUUCACAGCUGCAAUUUAAAUUUUUGAAGUGUUGCAUUUUGCAACUACGAUAGUUUGCCGAGCUUUAACGCUUUUGACAAUCAUACCUUUUAAUUAUCGUGUCAUAUUUUAUACGUUCAUCGUUUAGGAGUAAUAAGGUAUAGAUGAGUAUCUGGUUUUAUAUUUAUUAUCGCAGAUCCGUAUUUUGUACAAAUAUUUUCUUUCUUGUUCUUGUGGAGCUCUUCGAUCAUCGAUUUGAUAUAUUUAUUAUGCAACUUGUAUUUACGUAAUGUUAUAAGUUAAAUGCUCCAUCGAGCAACAAUUUUGGUUCAAAAGCUAUCGUUUUCGUUAUUGCGUGAGUCACGGAUGAUUUUCUAUCGUCACGAUAUAAUAAUUAUAUUAUACAAUAAUUAUCGACUCACGUUUCGAGCGAACAACCAGAUUGCGUCCAAAAGCAUCGCGUAAUGAUUUUAAUACCGUAUACUUAUACACUUAGUUCCGAUUCGAUAUAAGCAGCCUAUACGCCGUACUUCUCCUCUGUAUACUACAACAAUUAGCAGAAAGUGCUACAUACAUUGUUCACAUGUGUAAAUACAUAUUAAACGUUUCCCUCUUGUAUUUUGUAAAA